AGAUGCCCGUGAAGUCGCUGCCCGUCGACUGCAGCAUCUAGGAAAUGUUCUCUUGGCACGUCUCCGCCUUCAGUUACAAUUAUCUCUUGCACAGUUGCUAGAAACUGACGGACGUUGCGCAUAAACGCUUCCAUCUUAGCCUUGCUUCAACAUGUAGAUAUGGUUCACGUCUAUUUCAGCGCAAGUGUCGGUCUCUUCCACUAAUCAACCACACGUGAAGCACAAAACAUGGGAAGAAGGAGGAGUUAAGUUAUCUGACUGACUGAAUAGCAUACCAUUGCACCGAUGCAUUGGUUGCAUAACAGCUUUAGCAGCAGAAACGCCUGCACAUUCAUACACUAGCUGUCUCUGUAGUAAUAAUGGAUCGAAGAGAGUCUGAAAUAUCUGCUGCAAAGAGAAUUCUCCACGACGCUAUGCGCCAUCUAGAGAGAGCGGAAGGUGAUACUCGGCAAGAGUUUAGCCCAUCUGGAGAGGUUACGAAUCAACACAAUCAGCGAGAAGGCUCACGCCCUGUUGAAGGCAACCAGAGGGUCAGCCAUCAGUCCAGUUCUAGUGGAAUUACGUCAAUAGCAGUAGAACAGCGGCGUCUUUUUGGACAUGGCAGCAGACCAAGAGGCUGUGAGUCCAGAACUCCGAGAGGUGUGAAGAGGAAAGCGCCAGCAAACAGUGAUCGGAGAAAGCCUUAUCAACUGGGACAUCGCAAAGUAUGGACAUUUAGUGUUAUGUGCUUAGCUGACAACCAGUGUGACACACCUCCUUCUCGUGAUCGGAAAUUGGAGCUGCUUGCAGCUGGCUUGGGAGAAAAGAAAGUCACUCUUGGACAGUCAGAUGACUACCUCGAGGUGCACAACACACUUCUUGAACAUUUUCCCGCGCUGGAGAGUACUGGGUACGAGGUAAUGAGGUUGACUGCUCGCCGCCAACUGGAAGUUAUUCCAUCUUUGGAUAUGACAGCUAUACAUUUGAAGACAGUGUUCGAUCAAGCCAAGAUGUAUCUCAGACCGAUUGCUAAUAGCAUUGACUUGGAGACCGUAGACAUGCACGAUAGCACGAGCACAGACAAAGUACAGCCAAUGGUUCCCUGCCUUCAUUGUGGUAUAGACGUGGAAAUGCCAUCACUGAGAGAGCAUAUGAAGAUCCAUUCAAGUUGUGUCACAAAACCUCAGAGCCCCAGAAGGCGUUCACAAGAAGGACGAAAAGGACGAGAAGGACAAAAACGCAAGAAACAGGCCAGACUACAGUUAGAAACACGAUCUGAAACUGUACUGCCUGCGUCUGCAGUGGAAGGAAGACCUUCCAUGGGGGAGCGGAGUGUUUCUGUUCAAGAGAUAGAAUCUUCUGAGCCAUACACAGUUAAUAACAGCGCUGAACAGACUGGUUGGAACGCAUUUUCCAGCCGUACCCAUGUUCCUGGCUCAGGAAGUAGCAGAGAUGAAAGUUGUCAGUCGCCAAUUUCACAACUCAAAUCAAUUUUCCCGGAUCAUUCUACAGAGUUUCUGCAAAGAGCCUUCGACUCAUACGAAAUGAACACUGAAAUGACUGUACAGGCUGUAUUGGAUAAUUUGAUUGAGCCAACAGAGGAAACAGCUUCAACUAAUGAACGUGACUGCAUAGUGGAAACUGUUGUAGAAGCUUCCGAUAAUUGCCACAUUGACUUGACAUCAUAUGAUGGUGACCAUGAUCAUGAUGAUGAUGAUGAUGACAUUCACUGGCAAAUUACAGCUAGACAACAAGACUGCAGCACAAUUCUAGCAGAAGUUCUAGGUUCAAUUGCCCCUCGUUCGUGCAUGGCAAGAAUGAGGUUAACCGUGAGCAGAACUGAUUUGCUAGCUGAUGCCAUCGCGUUCUUCAAGAGAGCCUGCAGUUGA